AUGGUGGUGUACCGAAUCUUACUAUUGGCAGUUGCAUUUGCGCUGUCACAAAACAUCGCUUGUGAGAAUGGUGAUUGCCGUCAUAAUAAGAAAAAUCCAGAUACUCUUCAAGCCGUAUGGCGGCACGGUACUAGCAAAGACAAACAGCUGGAUUGUUUUACUCGUAAUGAUUCUAAUUCAUUUAUUACAACAAAUUGGGGCUUGAAAAUUAACGAUAGUGAUUCGUUAAAAGCUGGACAGCGUGGACCUACCUUACUGGAAGACUUUGAGUUUCGCGAAAAAAUAACUCACUUCGAUCAUGAGAGAAUACCGGAACGUGUUGUUCAUGCUCGUGGUUCGGCAGCUCAUGGUUAUUUUCAGUCAUAUAGCGACUGGUCGAAUUUGACUCGUGCUAAGUUUUUGCGUGAUCCAUCAAUCAAAACACCUGUAUUCGUUCGAUUUUCGACUGUAGCUGGUCCUCGUGGUAGCGCUGAUACUGUAAGGGAUGCAAUAACAUACCCGUUUUUUUUCAUCCAAGAUGCCAUCAAAUUCCCAGAUUUAAUUCAUGCUGUUAAAGCUGAACCGGAUCGAUCGUUUCCAACUGCUGCCUCAGCUCAUGAUACGUUUUAUGAUUUUAUUUCCUUAUCACCCGAGACUAUUCAUAUGGUUCUCUGGGUUUUAUCCGAUCGUGGUAUUCCACGGAGUUAUCGCAUGAUGCAGGGCUUCGGCGUUCAUACAUUUCGUUUGAUAACUGAAGAGAAUCGUGCCGUUUUUGUAAAGUUCCAUUGGAAUCCGAAAUACGGACUGGCAAGUCUUGCAUGGGACGAAGCACAAAAAAUUGCUGGGAAGGAUCCUGAUUUCCAUCGUCGCGAUCUGUGGGAAGCUAUUGAAAAAGGUGACUACCCAGAAUGGGAGCUUGGAGUGCAAAUUGUAAAAGAAGACGAAGAAUUUGAGUUUGAUUUUGAUCUGCUUGAUCCAACAAAAUUCAUUCCUGAAGAACUCAUUCCCGUAAUUCCACUAGGAAGAAUGGUCUUGAACAGAAACCCAGAUAAUUUUUUUGCUGAGACAGAACAGUCUACUUACCAUCUGGGUCAUGUUGUUCCUGGUAUUGGCUUUACAAAUGAUCCGCUGUUACAAGGGAGAUUAUUCAGCUACCUCGAUACACAAAUCAAUCGCCAUCACAGUGCUAACUUUCAGAAUAUUCCUAUAAAUCGGCCAGCUGUUUCAAUCCAUAACAAUUACCGUGAUGGAUUCAUGCAGACAGUUAUUAAUAAGGGUAGAGUCGCUUAUUAUCCUAACUCGCUACAAGAGGGUAGUCCACAUCUAACACCACCUAAUCAUGGUGGAUACAAGACGUAUGCUGAAUUAACCGGUGGUCCGGUUUUUCGUGGAAAGUCACCAUCGUUUUUCAAUUUUUAUUCCCAAGCUCAAUUAUUCUACAACAGUUUGACCGAUAUCGAGAAACAACAUUUGAUUAACGCAUUACGAUUCGAACUUGGGCUAGUAGAAACGGUAUCAAUACGAAAGAGAAUGAUCGUACAUUUUAAUCAUAUUGAUCACGAGUUUGCUAGCCGAAUUGCUCAAGUCAUUGAUGUUCCAGUCCCCAGAACAAUUUAUCCUAACUUUAACAAAUCAUCUCCUUCUGUCAGUAUAGAACAGCACCCCCGAAAGACAAUCAGAACACGCCAUGUUUUAAUAUAUAUUGCGGAGGGUGUUGAACUUUCCAUUUUGAAUGUUCUUGUCCGACUGUUGAACUCCAAGGGAGCGUACUUAAUAUUUGUUGCACCAAAACAAGGACGAGUAAGAGGAACGAAUUACAUCGCCACUCAGACAUUCGCUACCACAGAUGCCGUGUUAAAUGAUGCAAUUCUUGUACCCGGAGGACAACGAGCUGUUGAGCUGUUGCUGAAGAAUUAUCCUCAAUAUUUAAAUGGACAACCUAUCAAGUUUUUACGUGAAGCUUACCAACAUGGUAAACCUAUUGCUGUCAUCGGGGAAGGGCUUGAAUUGCUCAGAAGUGCUGAGAUCACCCUGGGUAAUGGCGUAACUUUCUUGCACAGCAAUGGAGAUUCUGAAGCUUUCGCGCACGAUUUUGCUAAAAAUAUUCUUCAUGGUCGAUUUUGGUAUCGAGAAGUCCUAGACAAGAAGCUACAGCAAAACUACGAUUAG